AUGACAUCGCCCUUGGAUUCCCCCACUUCACACUCUGCUUGCCUGGUGCCUCAGAGUGGCUCUCUGAUCAUCCCUGAAGGUCGGGCUGCCGUUGCGCAGAAGUUUAUAGAGACUCAUCUGAAAACCAUUCCCAGUCGUGCGUUUUCAAAUCUGCCCAAUAUCUCCAGGAUCUACUUGUCAAUAGAUGCAACUCUGCAGCAACUGGAAUCACAUUCCUUCUACAAUUUAAGUAAAGUGACUCACAUAGAGAUUCGGAACACCAGAAGUUUAACUUACAUAGACCCUGGCGCCCUAAAAGAGCUCCCCCUUCUAAAGUUCCUUGGCAUUUUCAACACUGGACUUAGAGUAUUCCCCGACCUGACCAAAAUCUAUUCCACUGAUGUAUUCUUCAUACUUGAAAUUACAGACAACCCUUACGUGACUUCCGUCCCUGCGAACGCUUUUCAGGGCCUGUGCAACGAAACCUUGACACUGAAACUGUAUAACAAUGGCUUUACUUCAGUCCAAGGACAUGCUUUCAAUGGGACAAAGCUGGAUGCUGUUUACCUGAACAAGAAUAAAUACCUGACAGUUAUUGACCAAGAUGCAUUUGCAGGAGUUUACAGUGGACCAGCCUUGCUGGACAUCUCUUAUACCAGUGUCACUGCCCUGCCAUCCAAAGGCCUGGAACACCUGAAGGAACUGAUAGCAAGAAACACUUGGACUCUAAAGAAACUUCCUCUUUCCUUGAGCUUCCUUCACCUCACACGGGCUGACCUUUCUUAUCCGAGCCACUGCUGUGCUUUUAAGAAUCAGAAGAAAAUCAGAGGAAUCCUUCAGUCUUUAAUGUGUAACGAGAGCAGUAUCCGGGGCCUGCGUCAGAGAAAAUCCGCAAGUGCUUUGAGUGGUCCCUUCUACCAGGAAUAUGAGGAGGAUCUGGGUGAUGGCAGUGCCGGGUACAAGGAGAACUCCAAGUUCCAAGAUACCCACAGCAACUCUCAUUACUACGUCUUCUUUGAGGAGCAAGAAGACGAGAUCAUUGGUUUUGGCCAAGAGCUCAAAAACCCCCAGGAGGAGACCCUGCAGGCCUUUGACAGCCAUUACGACUAUACCGUGUGUGGCGGGAGUGAAGACAUGGUGUGUACCCCCAAGUCGGAUGAGUUCAACCCCUGUGAGGACAUCAUGGGCUACAAGUCCCUGAGAAUUGUGGUGUGGUUUGUGAGUCUGCUGGCUCUCCUGGGCAACAUCUUCGUCCUGGUCAUCCUCCUCACGAGCCACUACAAGCUGACCGUGCCACGCUUCCUCAUGUGCAACCUGGCCUUUGCAGACUUCUGCAUGGGGUUGUACCUGCUCCUCAUCGCCUCCGUAGACCUCUACACUCAGUCCGAGUACUACAACCAUGCCAUCGACUGGCAGACGGGCCCUGGCUGCAACACGGCUGGCUUCUUCACCGUCUUUGCCAGCGAGUUGUCUGUGUACACCCUGACGGUCAUCACCUUGGAGCGCUGGUACGCCAUCACCUUCGCAAUGCACCUGGACCGCAAGAUCCGCCUCUGGCACGCCUACGUCAUCAUGCUGGGGGGCUGGGUUUGCUGCUUCCUGCUCGCCCUGCUCCCUUUGGUGGGAAUAAGCAGCUAUGCCAAGGUCAGCAUCUGCCUGCCCAUGGACACUGAGACCCCUCUUGCCCUGGCAUACAUUAUCCUCGUUCUGUUGCUCAACAUUGUUGCUUUUAUCAUCGUCUGCGCCUGUUACGUGAAGAUCUACAUCACAGUCCGAAAGCCCCACUACAACCCGGGGGACAAAGACACCAGAAUUGCCAAAAGGAUGGCUGUGUUGAUCUUCACUGAUUUCAUGUGCAUGGCCCCAAUCUCUUUCUAUGCUCUGUCGGCCCUUAUGAACAAGCCUCUCAUCACCGUUACCAAUUCCAAAAUCCUGCUGGUCCUCUUCUACCCACUUAACUCCUGUGCCAAUCCGUUCCUCUAUGCCAUUUUCACCAAAGCCUUCCAGAGGGAUGUGUUUAUCCUGCUCAGCAAGUUUGGCAUCUGUAAACGCCAGGCUCAGGCAUACCGGGGUCAGAGAGUUUCUCCAAAGAACAGCACCAGUAUUCGGGUCCAAAAGGUUCCCCCAGAUGUGAGGCAGAGUCUCCCCAACGUGCAGGAUGGCUAUGAACUGCUUGAAAACUCUCAUCUAACCCCAAAGCAGCAGGACCAAACCUCAAAAGAGUAUAAGCAAACAGUUUUGUAAGUGGUACAAGGAUUUAGGCUGGUUUUUUGAGCAUCAUUCCAACCAUUGACACAACACACGGCUGAUCUAAUCUGUAGGUAAUGUUCAUGUCUGGAGAAGGACUAGCAGUAACCUAAUCAUUGCCUCCAAGAAGGAAGAGAGGCAACUGGCGUGUCUGAAUUCCAGGUGAUAUCAGAGUAAUCUAUACUUCCUGGAAGAGUCACUGGAUGUCAAGUGCAGCGAUGACACUGUAAAAUGUUUCAUAUAUAUCAACUGAGCCGUGUUGACAUUGCGCUUACUUUUAUAUAGCAUUUCAUACUAAAGAUUUAGCAAAUGGCAAUCAUUAUUAACUUGGUUGGUGACCACAAGAUAAAACUGACUCUGUGUUGGUUCAGUUCAAUUUCACGCUCACUGAUACAACCCACGAGAGUUUGAUUUCCACAAAACUGAAACAUCCGAGAGGACAUCAUACAAGGAACAGCUGUUUUGACACAUGAAGGGGAGGAGAAGGCUUUGAGUUGUUUUUUUUUCUGACUCUGAAACAAUCAUCUCUUCACAAGAAUCUGCCUGAGUGGGAACCAACUGUUGCCUGGGAAAACUGGCAAGAUUUCAGCCGUUGUGGCUGAGCAGACUAAGAAGAGCUCUUCUUGGCCAGUCUCCUGGCAUUAAAAGCAUGCACUCGAGAAAGUCCUUCUAAAUGGCAAGUGGGAAUUAUGAGCUAGGCAUUCUAGAUCACCCGCUUACUAACCAAGCAGGCUGGGCAUCCGUUUAUUGUUGGACCUUGGCCAAGUUACUGGGCUUCUGCAGUCUGCAGAAAUGAAGGAGCUUGAUGGCCUCUUCCAGUUUUAAAACUCCAUGGAUAACCCUCCCCCUCAAAACAUAGGUUGCCAUGAGGAAGAGAAAGAAAAACAAUAAGGAAGCAGAACCUCUGUUUUUCCCAUCUUUCAGCGCUGCCAUCUCCCCUUUGGAGCCUAGAUAUGUGACCCAGGAAAUGUUUUCUCUUUCAUUUUUUGGUUAUGAUCUGAACCAGAAAUUCUAGUGAGUGACCAACAUAUCAAGCUGGCUCUGAAUCACUCAUCUAAUUCCUAGACCUACACAGCUAUCAUUAUCAGGCCAAAAGCAGACGGAUACACACAGUAUAAUAAAUAAAAGGUUGGUUUUUGCAAAUGUUGGUUAGUUACUAUUUCACUAUGAAAACUCAUUUGAAACAUUUAAUUUGUCUUUGGGGAUUGGCUAAGUAAAGAAAUACCAUACAACACUAAAAUAAUCAAGAGAGGUUUCUUCUCUCUGAAACCGUCAGCUUUUUCCAACCUUGUUGACCACUGGACAUAAAAUCUGUAUUCCCCAACAGUGCUCCCUUACUUAAUAUGGUCAGGAUUUUUAUCAUAGAUGUAUUCUCCAGGUUAUUUGUCAAAACAGCCCCUUAAUUUCAUCCUAAGCAGAGGCAGCAUUUGCUUCUCAGUGCUCAUGAACUACACUGUGGAUUAAAACCACAGCGUGAAUUAAAAUCUCUUGUUAAGUCUGUGGAGCUGGGCUGGUGGGCCCACUGGGUCCCCAGAGAUGGUGACCCUGACUCACCUGGAAUCUCUCAAUAGCCAUAUUCAUUCAUGAUUAUCAUUGAGAUGUGGAUUGGAUGUUUCAGUAGAAAUGUUAUACACACCUAAAGUCAUGACUUAUCCACAAGUUCACUUGUAACUAAUGAAAUUAAACAAAUGUGUUACCUUUGACAUGUGUUUUUCAUCUGUGACAUUUUGAAGCAUCACAUUCUGAUAAAUAAUGUUUUACCUUGAGUAGUUGAAAUAAUGCUUUGAUAACAGUCCUAGAAAAGUAACUUCUACAGAUUUGUUGCUAAAGUUUGCAUUUGUGACAUGAAGUAAAUUUUCUUCCUAUGAAAUGACUGUGCUGAGUUCUAAAGUAUUGCUUUUUAUAAUUUGUGAGCUAAAACUAAAGGCAGGAA